AUGAUUCAAUUAGAUGCAUACCACAUAAUGGUUGUUUCUCAAUACUUUUCAUCAUUCACAGACUUUAUAGCACUUGAGAUGGUGUGUAAAAAGUAUAACGGCAAUUUUUCUCGAUUUCAUUUCAAUCCGAUUCCGAUAAACAAUACGAUUAUAAAACUCCGAAAACUUCGGCUUUCAUCUAUAUAUAAUUUCUUUGUUGUAAACAUAUGGUACCCAGUCGACUAUUCAACAUCGAUGUGUCCACAAAAUAAGAACUUUUCAUUUAAACGAAUUUGUUACACUUCAACUGAUCUUAACGCCUUUGGAAAUUUGAUACCUUUAAACGUUGUAUCAAUAGCAAAUAAAUGUUUUUCUGAUUAUCAGAGUGAUACUUUUGUUGCUCUCACACUUCCAAAUAAAAUUAAUUCAUUGGGAGAGUCUUCCUUUGCAAAAUGUUAUUUGCAAAUUGAGUCAAUUAAUAAUUCAUGUUUUUCAUUUUGCACAUCCCUUGUAUCUGUGCGCAUACCCGUAUGCUUGGGUACACUUGGGGAUAGCGCUUUUUAUGGGUGUUACUCAUUACAAUCAUUUGAAGUUCCAAAAGGUAUUACCGAGCUUGGGAAGUAUUGUUUUGGGAGGUGCACUUCAUUGAGCAAAGUAAGAUUACCCAGGAGUUUGAGUAUUAUAGCGGAUGGGUGUUUUUCAGAGUGCAAAAAUCUCAAAGAAAUUGUGUUACCAAACAACUUAAAAAUGAUCGGAAGAGAAGCAUUUUAUGGAUGUCAAGAACUCACAAAUUUUGUCAUACCAAAAAGCGUCACUGAAAUCCAACAAGAAGCUUUCCGGUAUUGUGGACUGACUUCUAUCAACAUUCCUGAUAGUUUCAUAACAUUGCCAUAUGGCGGUUUUAUUGGGUGCACUAAUUUAGUGGAAGUUGUGAUGUCUAGUAGUAUUAAGGAAAUUGAAAUGAAUUGCUUUGUUGACUGUAGAAAUUUGAGUGCAAUCAAUUUUACUAAGAACUUGAAAAGGAUCUGGGGAGGCGCGUUUUGGAAUUGUAGUUCACUUAAUGAAGUUGUAGUGUGUAAUAACACUAAAAUAGAUAAGGACGCAUUUCAAAACAAUACGUAUGUAUUUAGAAGAGAAGAAGAAGGGCCGAUCAUGCCAUGGGAAAGGUUUAAUAAACAUAACAAAUGA